CUCGACGCCCGCACCGUACGGAACGGAAGCUCCGUGCUAUCUCGUACAAACUAAAUAUAAACGACCCUUUUUCAAAAACGCGAGUGAAAGAGACAGAAAGAAAAAAGUGCGAAAAGGGUGGGAUAUUUAUAAAGAUACUUAAAAGGGGGUUUUGAUCAACACACUCGUGGCCGGUACGCUACACACGCGGGAAACCUAUAGAGAAACUUCGAAAGGGAAGAAGAGAAAGAGAGGGAAAGAGGAAGUCGACGACUCGAUAUCAAACAGACAGCAAACGACAACGAGAAAGAAGAAAAAGAAUAAAAAGCGGAAGAGAAGAAAGAGAAGGAGGAAGAGGAGGAGGAGAAGGAGGAGGAAUCGAAAGAGAGGACGCCGAUUUGGAAACAGGUGUGAGUCAGUUGAAGUCCAGGGCAAAAGUGGCGGAAAUUUGUGGAGUAAUUGUACGUGAUAAAGAAGAAGAGGAAGAGCAUCCUCGUAAAACGCAACUUAUCUUUCGACGUAUCCCGUACGCGAUCCCGAAUGGGUUCCCAACUGAGUGAGCAUCAACUCUAAUUCAGUUCAUUUACACGGACGACUUGGCUGGUGUUCGAGCCAAUUCAUCCGGUGUGCUACACGCUUUCAUCCCAUAUUCGAUGCGAAGCAAAUCAAUUAAAGAUAAUUCCAAUGCGACGAGCGUCAAGAGGAAGGUGACGAGGUUGGGUCACAUACGAGAGUCGAAUAAGAUCAAGCAGAGAUACUUGAGCUUGGUGGGACAUCGGAGGACGAUGAUGAUGUUACGAUCGUUUUUAUUUAUUCUCUUCCUCGUUGUAAGGCAUUGCGAAUUGGCACCGAUGAGAGCCAAGGAUUUGGCUCUAGACGAUGAUAUACCAUCAUCGUCAUCGUCAUCGUCGUCGUCGUCGUCGUCGUCGUCGCUGUCGUCGUCGUCAUCGUCAUCGUCAUCAUCAUCAUCAUCAUCAUCAUCAUCAUCAUUGUUGUCCUCCUCAAUGCCAAUGUCAAGAAAAGGAUCUCGAAGCUCAUCUUCACCAAGCGAAUUAACCUGGGAAGCUUGGUUAUUGGUCGAUGCACAAGCUGGUGAUCACACUGGUUUAGACUCGGCCAACAUUUUACGAAAGAUCACACCGAAGAGUAUUUUCUUCGCUCCGACUCGCAUCGAAUGCGCCGAAGGCUAUCGCGCUGAUACCAUGGACAGAUGCGUAAAAGAUGUUAAAAUUGAUCACGAAGCGCAAUUCGAUUUCCUCUUGAAACGCGUCAGUGCUAUGUACUUGCAACGAUUUGGUGCUAAUACUCAGGAUCAAAAAACGAAAGAUCAGAAACACUCUUCUGGUCCACUUCAAUUAAGCAUUCCCUUGCUCGGUGCACCGAUAGCUGCCUCUCCUGUUGAGACUCAACAGAUAACGAAGAACGAGGAUGAAGGGACGAAUGAACCCCCGAAGGAGACGGUUACCGUUUACGAAGCUAAGAACGAGACGACAACAAAAGAAGAAGAGGAAGAAGGAGAGGAAGAAGUAGAAGUAGAACAAGAUGAAUCGAAAGAGGAAGAUAAGAAAAUAAUAUAUCUUGGAAAUACCAAUAGCAAUACCUUUGUCGAUAAGAACGAUGCUCUUAACGAGUCUUUCAAAUCCGAAGGUAUUGUGCCCGUUGCUGAAUUCGUGGACGAGACAAAUGGUAGUAGCUUUUCGGAAAUAGUAGAUUACAAGAUACCGAUCGAUCUAAAAGCCAUUUUAAAUGUCACGAACGCAAAGAAAAAUAGCAAUGAGAGUGAAAUGGUUGAGGAUACAAGAAUGAAAGAAAUAUUUUCAAUGAAUGUUACGAGUAUGUCGCCAACAUUGGUUUUCGUUUUGACACCUACGAAACAACCUCAAGCCGAAUCCCCAACCUCUUCGGAGAAUCCACCAGAUGAUUCUCCUGAGGAAUUCUCAAAUGUUACAACCGAUCAAGUGAUCGUUCGAAUAAACGAAUCAAUGAAAAAUUCAAGCAAUCAGGAAAUCGACGUAGUCAGCGAAUCGAGCUCGAUGAUACCACCUCUGAGACAAUUCCCCGAGAUCCCAUUAAUCAUUGAAGAUAAGAUCGAGAAUAAUGGUAAUAGUUCGGAGGCUUCUGGUAUGGAAAUAAACGGUGGUGAAGAACAAGAAACGAUGUAUGAGGAUGAACAAGUUGAGGAAGAUGUCGAUGAGGAUGAUGAUGAGUACAUUGACAAUACCGAUACACCGGAGGAAGAAUUCACCGAAUUCGAAGGUGAAAUUUUGAAACAUGGCGAAGCUGGGAUCACUAUACCUGUAAAGAACUUGGAUAGAUUACAUAUGGAGGAAGAACAUCGAGAGAGAAAUGAGGAAUCGAUUGUUAAAAAAAAAAAGGAGAAUGAUAUGUUUGACAAUUUCCAAGAUGAAAUUUCUAUUCGUUUCAAUCAUACUAUCUUCAAUAUAGACGAAUCUGAUAGCAACAUAUCCAGUGAGGCAACUAUCAAGGACGAUGUCAUUAUAGAAACAACGUUGCUGAACGUUGACCCUAUGAAACUUUUGAAUGAUAGUAAAUCUUCUUUUAAAAAUGAUAGUUCGGAAAACGAUGAGGAUGAACGUUUUAAUAAGCAUUUUGAGUCAGAAAGAACACAAGAUACAAGAUCAGAAAUAAUAUUCCCAAAGGGAAAAGUUCGUACGACGAUAUCAACAGAUACGGAAGAAAAUGGUAAAUUGGAGGAUCAGGUAAGUAGGAUAAAGUCCGAUGAUAAAGAAAAGAAUCCAAUGGAUUUGAGGAAUAUCGAGCUCGUUGCCGAACCUUCAUCCUCGGAGUCUCUUCUUUACGAUCCUCUUUCUGGCGAUCGUUAUACGGCAGAAUCGAUAGUCGAAUUAGAGGAUUCGAAAACUACUACUACUACUACUACUACUACUACUACUAACAGCCCUAACACACGAAAUCUUUUGGAUCUCGAAGGUUCAUCGAGUUACGUAAGAUCAGCACAAAGUUACGUUAAAUUUCCUUCGGACGAGAUUAACAGUAUACAUAAUCAGGAUUACAAGGAACGAGGCCAACAUCUUUAUGACGAAGGACUCUAUUCUAGUACAAGCACGAAAAGUACCGUGCCAGUUCAUCAGAAAUCAUCUUAUUCUAGAACCUCAACAGGAUGGAGAAUAGAUCGUCAACAACAGCCAGAUCAUGAAAGAAAUCGUUCGGUCGUCGUUCAAAGACAAAAACCAAGGCCACCAAUGUAUUUGUCUCGAACGAAGGCACCUCUGACGAGGAUCUCUCCUAGUUUAUAUUCCAUCAGUCAACCUCCUCGUAGUGCUACGAUCAUGGAUAGAGGUUAUAGAAACGCUUAUGUUCAAGUAUCACCCUUUCAUAGGGUUGGAUACUAAAAUCCAUAUAAAAGGGUGAUUCGCCUGAUUAAGCGAGGAAGAUGAUAUUAAUGAUCUUCGCGUGGGGGGCUAUCAAUGACGUCGCUCUCCACUGAAAAUGAUUCCCUGGGAAACAAGCCGAGUCGACUCGAACGAUGGGUCGACUUUGAUAAAUGUCGAUGAAUCCUCUUGGAACUGUGCCAAAUAAAAUGAAGGUUCAAAAGGGUGUUAAACUAUCGCUCGCUAAGAAUGUGUGAUAAGCGAUCAAGAACACUUGCGAUUUGGCAUAAUUACAUUAAUUCUUAUGUCCGAAUCAAAGAAUCUCUAAAGAUUGGAACGUUUUUGCGGGAUGGAGGGAGAAGAAAAAAAAAAAAAAGAAAGGAAAAGGAAAAGCUCGAACUCUUCGAAAGGGAUACAUAUAUAAUAGAAAAAUCAAUCGAGCUUCUUUUUCCUUAAUUUCAGCUUUUUUUCUUUUUUUCAUUUUCCGUCCCUUGUGAUGAAACAAAUAAGAAAGAAACGAGUUCGUUUAUAUCCUCUUUAUACGAUCCAACGAUCCCAAAGAUUUUUAAUAUUCGUUGGAAAUUAAUUUCUCGAAAAAUACUUUUUCUUUUUCCAUUUAGUUAACAACUUUUCAAAUGAUAUCAGCGUCGGAUAGAUCCAAUGGUAAUAACGUUGACGAGGUCAAUCGUUCACUUUAACGAAUUAAAAAUUGACAUUUUUUGACGUUUAACAGAGGAGAAAGUAUAUUGCAAAUAUACGUAGAGAGAUUAUAUCAUUGGUACGAUCGUUAUCAUAAUGUUUUGCCGAACGAUAAAGAGAAAUACAAGAGAAGAGGAUGUUUGAUGGUUGUAUUUAUCAUCGACGAGGUUUCGCAUGUUUUCAAAUGAACAAGAAAUUCUUAAACUCGUUCGAUAGAUUAAAACGAUCUUAUUAAGAAUUUCUACCAUAACUAAGUCGAAGAAUUAGUGGGAUAUAAUUUUCGAAAGUGAAAGUCUUGAUGAUCGAUAAGAUCGCGAUUUGUUCCGAUUGGCUUUCACAGUACAGCGUACACACUGCAAAAUUAUUAGGAAUUAGGAACAACUUUGAUACAAUCGAUUCAUAUUUCUAAUGCGCGAGAAAGUAUAAUAUAUAUAUAUACAUAUACAUAUAUAUAUAUAUAUAUAUAUAUAUAUAUAUAUAUAUAUAUAUAUAAAUUUAGUGAGAUAAACCGUCGAAUUUUAAAUAAUAUAAUCGAUUGAGAGAAGAAGAAAAAGAAGAAAAAAAAAGAGAUUUACACGAGUUCGGGUAAUUCGUAUUUAUUUAACCUUCGUGACGUUGCAUUCAUAUGUAUGUACAUAUCUACAAAUUUUUGCUUACAGAUCGAUCAAAUGUCCUCGACUCGUAAUACGUGUUUAUUAUUAUUUGAUUAUUACGAAGGUUAUACCGUUGUUGUUUAAUUUUGUUUGUUUAAUAAUAAAUAAUAAAACAUUUGUUAUUUACAGUUCAAGAUAAUAUUAAAUGAAGAUUAUCUUAAUUCCUAUUAAAGAAUGGAUGAUACUUGAAUAUCCUAUUAUUUGAUACGUAUAUAAAUACUGUGAACAAUGUUUUACCAAAAAUAAAUCAUUCUUCUUAUCAUAUGCAUAUAUACAUAUAUAUAUAUAUAUAUAUCAUACGAUUGGGCAUACAAAUAUAAACACACAUACGACUCGAACUCGUGAAACUGUCGGCCUAAUGUAUUUAUAUAUCCAAAAUUGGGCUCUGCAGUUGUAUGUACGCACGCACACGAAUGCAUACUCGCCUCACGCUAUAAACGAUAAAAUCAUGCUACUUAUAAGCGUUUAUAGUUGCAUCAAAUUCAGCGUACUCGUAAUAUCAUCGUUUUGUACUACUUUAUGAUAUAAGGAGAUCGAUUUUACACGAAAAUUGUACAGUUAAAAUUAUGUAUCCAUGUCUUCUGAAUGUUUUCGAUGUGAAAGAUAUUCAACGGUCCUUCCUUAAUAGUAUUCACAAAUUUAGACUCGGAAUAGUCAUUAAAGUUGACAGUCUUCGAUGUCGCUAUGCCUUGUCCUGUUACACUGGUAUUAUUAUUCUUUAAUGUUACACGAUACACGGUACAUUGUUUUUUUUUUUUUUUCUUUUU